AUGCGCGCUAUAAAUCUUUGCACUGUUUUGCUUGCGCUGGUAUUCCCGGCAACUGUCUCGGGUGAUCGGCGGAUAGUUAACGGGGAUGAGUUUAAGACAUUGUGUGGCAUGAUAAAUUUGGCAGAAGCAGCACUUGGAAAGAUGAAAGAAGCACAGGAAAUCACUAAAGGGGCGGCUCGAAUUGGAGCAAUGUAUUUGGAAAUGAGUGGAGACAGGGAUUUGAACAAAACUUGCGAAGGCGCGGGGAAAAGAAACUGUGCACUCCACAAAGUGUUUUGGAAUGAAUCGAAAAAAGAAUUGGCAACUAGGGGAAAUACAACCCUACUUUCGGUAGGAGGAUUGUCCGAACGUGAAGUGGUGGAGAUUAGAAAAAAGGUUCUUUCCGUUGCGCAGAUAUUCCAAAAUAUAACCAAAAAUCGGAGAUGGGUUUUGAAAGCAAGUGAUCUCGAAAAAGGUAUUAAUCGCGCGCUGUAUGGUGUUCCAUAUCGACCACAAGAAAUUAAAGCACGCAGUUCCGACAGGAGACAGGUAUGUGAGCAGCAACUCUCACGUUCACAAAAGCUUAAAGCGUCCGUAUCAUUGAGUAGGGAUUUGUUGUGUUUGUGCGCGCCUCGUAUGAAUUUGGGAAGAGAAACUCAGCUCUGCUGUAGUCGUUGCGCUAGGGGAGAUAAUAGGGCGGUGUGGAGACCAGAUGAAGACGCGGGGGAAAGGUGGUAUUUUCUCAAAGAACAGUGCUCAAGUAUGGAAGGCCCACAAGAAGGGUUUAACAAACUAGUAAACGACUUCCGCGACAUGAUUAACCACGGUGUUGAUGGAUGUACCGGAACUACCUAUGUCUUUGGUGAUAGGAGAAAGUUCAGCUUCUGGCGGCUCUGGAUUCUGCCCCAAGAAGCCCCUGGCCACCGUGUGCGCUACGUGGUUAGGGGUAGGAACAGAGAUAUUAAGAAUAUACCGUGGAUGAGGGAGUUGUUAAAAGUUUUCAACGAAAUGAGGGAUCUGAAAGACUACGAGAAUGAUAAGAGAACGCUCGCAGAUGCCAUUGAAAAGCUACAAAAAGAGUUUGAAGAGUCAAACAGGAAAAUUGGCAAUGCCAAAAAUUAA